AGAGUCUGCGCCCGGAAAUGUGGUCAUGGGCUACGGGAAGGCGGGCAGCCUCGCUUCUCGUUCCAGCUUCUCCUCGUCGUCCCAGCACACUCGAUCCAAAUUUGCUUAUGGUUAGCUUUUCUACGUCAACACGACUUUUUCUCACGGACUGAGACUCAGCCUUGUAGUGGAGGGCUGCCAACAGUAUUCGAGCGUCUUUUUUCCUCCCUGGACGCGCCCAAAAGGCCUGCGCUCCCUCGUCGCUUCGCCCACAACUCCCGUCGAUUCGACUGUUCAUUCCACCCUCUGUCCACCAUGGCGUCGCAACAAAUUCUCUUUGCCGAAACCAUAGCGGGUAUGAAGAAGGCAUUCAAAAGGAAAUCAUAUGGUACGGAAAUCUCAUUGCGCUUGUCGCGAUGGAGGGAUUGGCAACUGACCAUCCACCCAACAGAAUCCGACUCAGACUCCGAGAUCGAAAGCUAUAGCAAUCGCGGCAAUAAGCUCAAAAGGCAGGCACGGUUUGCCCGUCAAGGGCAAUUGGUCCCAAAUAAUGGUCCAAGUUCGUAUAGAGAGGUUCGUUGUUUUGUCAAAUCCUCCCAGGCCAAUUUCUGACAUCUGCUAGUAUGUCGAAUACGGUGGUGUCCGACGCCCGAUCCUAUAUCGCAAUCCCCCAUUAGUCGACGAGGAAGGAUACGAAAUAGAUAGCGACGACGAAGAUGAGGAGCGCGUUCAAGAAGCAGAGGCCCUAGCGGCAGAGAUGAACCCUUACGCCAACAUACAAAUAGAGAAUAUCCUUGCUCCACUUACUGCAUCAACCGCGUUACCGACACACCCGACCCUAUCGAAGCCCUUCACGUCCAAAACCCUGACUCGACUUGUUGACCAAAGUUGCGACAUAAUGCGCAAGGAGAACCGGUCUCUGUGGAGAGUCAGACAUCUCUUGACAACGCUCUGCGGCGACUACACAUGGGUCCCAUGCGAAAUGAUGGUUCGGCCGGCAGAUGUUGAGCUCUAUACAGACAACCACACGGCGCAACAUCUGUUGGCGCUAUCCCAGGCGGUAUCGGCGCUUCCCAGAGUCACCAACGGCGACGUACAACAAGGCAGCGGUGUCGAACAAGGAGAUGCUUUACCAGACACAACAUUCGAUGGCAAGCCCACAGACAAGGACCCAGCAGAGGAUGCCGAUAUAACCAUGACGGACGCUGGAACUGCCGACCCAGAUGAUUCUCUCGUAGAGGAUGCCGACGAGAAUGCAAAGGUUGAGGCUGAGAAGGACGGUGCUGGAACGGCUUCAAAUAUGCAUAACGGCGAGCAAGUACCAGCUGCACAGACGGAUAAAAGAGAUUCCAGGGGCGAAGCGACAAACGGGGUCAAUGAGCAUACAAACGAACAAGGGACGAAUGAUAUGGAGGCGACCAGAGCUGAAGCCACUGCGAAACCUUCAGGCAGCGAUGCACAUCAACAAACGGAAUCGGCUGAGACAAUAGGUGCAGAUGUAUCCAUGAUCUCCGACGGGGACGAUGACUUCAUACAUCCCAUGUUUCUUGCACCUUCAGGAGCAAGACCAGAUCGGGAUAUCGGCUUGCCGGACCAAGAAGCGGAAGAUAUUCGACGAUUGCUUGCUCUCUACGUGCAGAAGCAGGAAGAGGUGUGUAGAGGGGCAAAGAGGCUGUUUCUAGGACUCCUCAAAGCCGAGCAGAUGCGGAAGAAUGUACUCCACUGGUCUAAGGCAGAAGCUCAUUCAGGGCUCAACCGAGACAUGUCGGACGGGGAAGAUUGGUACGACAAGGAGGAAUGGGGUCUCACAGAAGACCUCAAAAAGGGGCAGGACGAAGAGGAAGAAGAUGUGCAGACAACUGGUAAAAAGACGAGAAACCGACGUCAAUAGCUGUUGGUUUCUGUGUUCUUCUUGAUGGAUGAUGAUGACUGACUUGGCUUGUUCGGGUUUUUGCUUUAGGCGUUUUAAGGCUGGCGUUUGGAAUAAACCGCGAGAUGGGCCUUGAUGCCAACCGCAGUAAGCGUAUUGUUACAAGCAUCGAUAGAUAUGAAUAUUGAAGCAUAUAGUUUAGUUAGGUAGUUAGUGGUCAUACCCAUGAGAUUCGAUAUCUGCCUGUUCUGGUCCUGGGUGAGCUAAUGAGGCUUUCUCUCGGUAUAGGUUGAAUUCGGCAGAUUGGGUUGCUUGCCUCGAUUUCUCGGCUGCAUUGCAGGGAUCUUCCGUUUGGUCAGGUUCCA